CAGCUGUGACUGUGACUGUCGGUGUCGAUGCAUCAUCUUGCCUCGUCGCGGGGGUGGGAGAUGUCGCGCCGGGAUGGGCCAGCGCGCCGGGAUGCCAGUGGAACUGCUUAGCUCAUCCGCGUCUGAACCUGUUCGUGACGCUAACAAUUGUGAGGACGUUGUUCAUUGAGCACCUCACAACCUUGCCAACGCACGUGGCCGACUCCAUCUCUCUUCUUGCAUCAUUCCAAAUAGACGCGAGUAUAAACAUGUUUUCAGCCCGUCUCGUCCGGUCCCUCGCGCCGCAGGCCAGGCUAAGCGGCGUCACGGCCCAAGCCGCAUUCAGGGCCUUUCACUCGACGCCCGCGCGGAGGAUCGUCCACGAGGUCAAGAGCGCGGAGGAGUUCCAAAAGGUCGUGUCGGACAACGAGAACGUCAUCGUUGAUUGCUUCGCGACGUGGUGCGGGCCAUGCAAGGCCAUUGCGCCCAUCCUGGCCAAGCAUUCCGAGGAGGCCGAGUUCAAGGACAAGGUGCACUUUGUCAAGUUUGACGUCGACGAGGUACAAGCGGUGACGCAGGCGCUGGGCGUGCGGGCGAUGCCGACCUUUUUCUUCUUCAAGGGCGGAAAGAAGGUUGGUGAGGUGGUUGGCGCGAAUCCGCCCGCCCUGGUCGAGGGGUUGCGGAACCUCCUUCAGUAAAGGCACGGCGGAUGGGGAGAAGUGUACGACUACGAAUUGGAGACAUGCGCUGUGCGUUUGUAUAAGAAAGCGUUUACGAUAUAAGAAGUGGACAUGAUGUGUGCAGAGCGCGUUGCGAGUGGUGAGAGGAUGGACCGCAUCGUUGUGACGACCAUAUCAGAUGAAGAGACUGUUCAUUUGAAUCUAGAUAGGUAUACUCAUUUAUCGUGCAC